UCCCUCUCCCCUCCCAGCCCGCUCUGGUCUCAGCCGUUUGGGCUCCGCACUGCAGAUCCUAGCCGGUCUCGGAGAGCUCCGCUGCUCCCGCCGUGUCCCUCUGAUCCCCUAGUCUCCGGAACUCCGGCUGCUGCGCGCUCGCUCGCCGCUCGCCAGGGAGCCUGGCCGGCUUGGACUCUCUGAGCCCUCCCUGCGUGCGGAGUCGUUCCGGCGCAGCAGGGAGGACCCGGGAGGCCGACGCCGGCGGCUCUCAGAUGCGGCAGGACAAGCUGACCGGCUCCCUGCGUCGCGGCGGGCGAUGCCUGAAGCGCCAGGGCGGCGGCGGUGGCGGCGGCGGCGGCGUGGGCACCAUCCUGAGCAAUGUGCUCAAGAAGCGCAGCUGCAUCUCGCGGACCGCGCCCCGGUUGCUCUGCACCUUGGAGCCGGGAGUUGAUACAAAAUUGAAGUUCACACUUGAGCCAUCUUUAGGCCAAAAUGGUUUUCAGCAGUGGUAUGACGCUCUCAAGGCAGUUGCCAGACUAUCAACAGGGAUCCCAAAGGAAUGGAGGAGAAAGGUUUGGCUGACCUUGGCAGAUCACUAUUUGCACAGCAUUGCCAUCGACUGGACCAAAACCAUGCGCCUCACUUUCAACGAGAGAAGUAAUCCGGAUGACGACUCAAUGGGGAUCCAGAUAGUCAAGGAUCUGCAUCGCACAGGCUGUAGUUCCUACUGCGGCCAGGAGGCGGAGCAGGACAGGGUGGUACUCAAGCGGGUGCUGUUGGCCUACGCCCGGUGGAACAAGAACGUUGGGUACUGCCAAGGCUUCAACAUCCUGGCUGCUCUGAUUCUGGAGGUGAUGGAAGGCAAUGAGGGGGACGCCCUGAAGAUUAUGAUUUACCUGAUUGAUAAGGUGCUUCCUGAGAGCUACUUUGUCAAUAACCUCCGGGCACUGUCUGUGGAUAUGGCCGUCUUCAGAGACCUCUUGAGAAUGAAGCUCCCUGAGCUGUCUCAGCACCUCGAUACUCUGCAGAAAACAGCAAACAAAGAGAGCGGAGGUGGAUACGAGCCCCCGCUCACCAAUGUCUUCACGAUGCAGUGGUUCCUCACCCUCUUUGCCACGUGCCUCCCUAACCACACGGUUUUGAAGAUCUGGGACUCCGUCUUCUUUGAAGGUUCAGAGAUCAUCCUGAGGGUGUCGCUGGCUAUCUGGGCGAAACUGGGAGAGCAGAUAGAGUGUUGUGAAACAGCAGAUGAGUUCUACAGCACCAUGGGGCGUCUCACCCAGGAGAUGUUGGAGAACGACCUCCUACAGAGCCAUGAACUCAUGCAGACUGUUUACUCCAUGGCUCCGUUUCCUUUCCCACAGUUGACAGAGCUGAGGGAAAAGUAUACCUACAACAUUACACCAUUCCCGGCCACGAUCAAACCCGCUUCAGUUCCUGGGCGACACGGGAAGGCCAGAGAUAGUGAUGAAGAGAAUGACCCAGAUGAUGAGGAUGCUAUUGCUAGUGCCGUGGGAUGCCUUGGACCUUUCAGUGGGCUCCUGGCACCUGAACUGCAAAAGUACCAAAAGCAGAUUAAAGGUGCAGAAGCGAGUGAGGAACAGAGCCUGAGGUCCAACAACAUUGCGGAGCUGAGCCCGGGAGCCAUCAACUCCUGUCGGAGCGAAUACCACGCAGCGUUCAACAGCAUGAUGAUGGAACGGAUGACCACGGACAUCAACGCCCUGAAGCGGCAGUACUCGAGAAUCAAGAAGAAGCAGCAGCAGCAGGUCCAUCAGGUGUACAUACGGGCAGACAAAGGCCCGGUCACCAGCAUCCUUCCAUCUCAGGUAAACAAUUCUCCAGUGAUAAAUCACCUCCUUCUAGGGAAAAAGAUAAAGACAACAAACAGGGCAACCAAGAAUGCAAUCAUCCACCUCCCCGGCCAUGCAGGAGGCAAAAUGUCUCCUGUCCCCUACGAAGAUCUCAAGACAAAACUCAACUCUCCGUGGCGGACGCACAUCCGAGUCCACAAAAAGAACAUGCCCAGGACCAAGAGUCAUCCAGGCUGUGGCGACACCGUAGGGCUGAUCCAAGAGCAGAGUGAAGGCUGGAGGGCCGGCAGCCUGGGGGCGGCGGAGGAAUUCCCUUCCCCGUGUGCGGCGGCGACAGCUCGUGGUGAGGGCGGCGGCGGCCGCGAUGGUGGCGCCCCGAUGAGGACAAUCGAAGGGCAGUCUCCGGAGCCAGUAUUUGGGGACGCUGACGUUGUUGAUGUGGCCGCGGUUCAGGUGAAACUAGAAGCCUUGGAACUGAACCAAAGGGAUGCCCCUGCAGAAACUGAGCCCAAGGCGCACCUUCCCUGCCAGCGGCAUGCCCCGGAGUCGGCCGGUGCCCCUGGAGAACACCAGGCGACCAGCAAACCUGCCCCUGGCAGCAAUUCCAAAACCACCAUCUUCAGCCCCUUCCCUAGUGUGAAGCCGCUUCGAAAGUCAGCCACGGCCAGGAAUCUGGGGUUGUAUGGCCCCACGGAAAGAACCCCCACCAUGCACUUCCCCCAGAUAAGCCGGAGCUUCAGCAAGUCGGGCAUUGGGAGCAGCAGCACAAAGAAGCGAUGAUGUCUCCCGGAGGCGGCGGCGGCUGCUCAGUGUCUGGACUCAUGUGGCACGGUGGACUCGCGUGGCACAGUGGCGUUAGCGUGCCAGCCACGCCCUUCCUCUUUGUUUUGUCCACUAAAAAUGAAUCAAGAGCUUUGGAGCCGAGCACCGACAGCCCAUGCCACUGGGAAUUGGAAGUUUCAUGGUGGGAACCAGGGUAGGGACCCUUUCCUAUCCACCAGGUAACUGGCGAAGUGGAUUCUCGUGACGAAAUAAGUCAUGUGCUGCUUAAAGUGUGGAGUUUCCCCAGUUUUCCUUGUGAGCUCUUUAGAAAAGACAACCUGUUAAGCCCUCUUCUGGUCUUGUCGGGCCCUUUUUGGAAUCCCUGAAACAACAUCAUAUUCCCCUGGCCUUCCUGUCCUCUGGGCAUCACAGAUGCUGAAUGAAGCAUGAACGAACACACCAGCUUGCUAGAACUGAAACUGUAGGAAGUAAGUUUCUUAGUUGCAAAAAACCCACAAAAAACAAAAACAAACAAACAACGUCCCAAUGUUCCUC